AUGAAUGGUAUCCCUAAUUCCGCAAACCAACGGCGGUUAGGUGUGUCCCGCAAUGAUGCCGCCUUACAAGGUGCCACGCUAGCCUUCCGACACUCCAGAGAUCCAUCACCAAGUGUACAGAAAUCGUCUGCUGCAAGUGCUGCCGCAAUGGCAAGUCGUGGGGAUCAUCCGAUUGGUCGUCAGCGGACCGGAUCCGACCUUGGUCCUGAAGUGGGCUCCGUUAGGGACAAGAUCGGGAGAUUAACAACAGGAUCACUUUCCCCUUCAGCUAGCACUAUCAGUUUGAGAGGGCGACCUUCGGCUUCGUCUCUCUCGUCGACUUCAGAAAUAGCCGCUCGGCUAGCAGCUUCAAGAUCCCCUAGGCGGGAUCCGGCUCCUCCGGCUUCGGCUGCCAGACUUGGGGCAGUGCGAAGUGCCAGCCGGGUACCCCCUCCACCAGAAAGGCGAGAGCUACCAUCACCAACCCCUGUUCACUCAAACCAGGGGAACUAUAGCCCCCUGGAUCGCAUGCUACGGGAGGAUGAUCUCGACCACCGGGACCUGCCUAGUUACGGGCGUUCUCCAUCCCAACAGUCUAGAACUACGGAAGAUCACAGUCGAGGCUCAAGUCCUCAUCCCUCGGGGUCUCGGAAUUCUUCUAUGCCACCGGAUGAGUCGAAACCCAGACUUCCUCCACGGUUACCUCCUUCCCGAGGGUCUACCAGAAACCAUGGAGUCGCCACCACACCCUUACGGCCUUCUACGCCUAGCGCGAUGUCCACAUCGGGCCAAUCGCACGCAACCAGUGCCCCCAGCAUCAUGGAUGAAUCCGGAGGGAUGAGUGAGGAAUCCCUUUCCAACGCAAUUGUCGCCUCAUCCCUGGCAUCCGCUCGAGCAUCUCCAUCGAUCAAGGUCCCGCCGCCGCUCCCUCCCCAGCGACGCCGGGCACGAUCCAUUUUACACCUGGCACAUUCGCCCAAGGGUGAUCUAUCCAGGACCCCCAGCCCACCCAAGGGCAUGCCCCAGACACUUCGCAGCGUACCGAAACCCGAUUCGCACCACCGCAACAAACACAGAAAUCCUCUCAACAAACACCCUCACAAACACCACGAGGGAGACCGUAAGCGCUGGCGAAGGGAGGUAACGGAGAAAGAGCGCAAACGAUAUGAAGGCGUGUGGGCCUCUAAUAAAGGGCUCCUCAUCCCUGUCGGCACCAACGGUGGGGAAUCAGGUCCAAGUGGGACCGGGAAAUGGCCACCUCAUGCCUCGGAUAUGGUGUUAAACCUGGUGGUUCGGGAGAUAUGGAGCCGCAGUCGGCUGCCGACGACCAUUUUGGAACAAGUGUGGAAUCUGGUGGAUCAUCAAAACAUCGGGCUCUUGAUGCGUGAGGAAUUCGUGGUUGGAAUGUGGUUGAUCGACCAGCAAUUGAAGGGUCAUAAGCUUCCCGUGAAGGUCCCCGAUAGCGUGUGGGAUAGUGUUCGGCAUGUGGCUGGGAUUAAGAUCCUCGCAAAGAGCCAUGCUUAA